AUGACCUCAAAUUUCUUACUAAAAAUAUUCAAACUAGAAUAUUAUUUUGACAAGCCUUAUGAAGACUUGCAGCUACCAUACUCUGAUCUUUUGGGUCGGACAUACAUGCGACUUCCCAUUAUUAGGUGUUUUGGAACCUCACCGUCAGGUCAAAAGUUAUGCGCACAUAUUCAUGGUGUAUUACCAUAUCUCUACAUCGAGGACAAAUCAUUUGGCUUUAUCGACAAUAAAACUGCACUUCUUGAUCAAUUACGUUCACUUGCCAAAAGAAUCGAAACAGUUCUUUCUUCUCGGGCCCCGGAUUCGUUUGAAGGGAAGCACCUAGUUUACGAUCUUGAACCGCUUUCUGCAAGGUCAAUCUAUGGAUUCCGUGAUAGAGAUACCACUUUCAUAAAAAUUUCCCUAACUGACCCAGGGGAUGUUCCGAUUCUUGGAGAAAUGUUCCUCUCUGGGGCUAUUUAUGGGUUUCCAGUUCAGCCAUUUGAAGUUCAUAUUCCUUUCCUUCUUCAAGUAAACUUCCAACUGUCGAUUUUAAAUUGUUUUACUAACGUCAGAUCUCGUGGAGAUUCGUCAUCAUCUUUGAAUCAAAGUAACCAGUUAUCCUUCACAAUGACUCAGGAAGGGUCAUUUGGUCCACGUUCAAGUGCUCUUCGGCAGACCAGCACGGAUGUCGAGGUUGAUAUUUCUGCCUGUGAUAUUCUUAAUCGACUAGAGUGUUGCGAAGUUGAUGGAAAUUUAAACGCUGGUCUGAAUUUCCUCUGGGAUGAGGAGCGCGUGAGACGUGAGGCACUGAAAAAGUCUGGAGCAAUAGAGGCGAUGCCGGCGGAAAUGCCAACUGUUGAUGGUCUUCUUCCAUUAUCUGGGAGACCGAAUGCGGUUCCUGUAGAUAAUGAGUUGGAUCAAAUCGAGUGUUUCAAUCAACUAUCUAGAGAGUGCAAUUUGAGUCAACCAGAAUGCAGCCAACGUUUGGAUUUUACUCAAAGCCAAUCAAGCGGUCUUUCGCAAAGGGCUCUAGAGGAGCUUUGUGAAUUGGCCGAGGCAUCUGAGGAUUUCGAUGCUUGCCUCCAGUCUUCCCUUCCAACUUCCAUCGUCGCUUUUCUUAGCGCUAGUCAGUCCGUUUCUAAGUCUACGCUUGAUUGGAUCCCCACCUUGAAUCAGUCAGAAACGGAGGAAGAUCUAGACUCUGCGCUUUUGUCUAGCGCUCGUGCAUCUAUUUCAACACUUCUUAAUUCCACCACAAAUGCCAAUGAAACACCUGGUGAUGCCAUUUUGGAAAAUGCGGAAGAAUUGGAGGACGAAGAUCUCUUCGCUGUAAGUCCUUUUUUUUCAACUUUUUACUUGGACCUCGGCGUUGCGUAUGAGCGUCUUGGUUUUUCGAAUUCAUGCAAACAGUCCAUUCUUGAAACCUCCGUUGCUUCGGAGUCGAAUGAAGAAAAGGAAGGAAACAGCGAAACUGAGGAUCUUUUUCCAUCCCUCAUGGACAGUGUUCUGGUGAAUUCGACGGAAUCUGGGUCAACAGCUUCUGAAACAAUGGCUGAUGUGUGGGUUUUUUUGUCAGAAACGCAUCGGAACCAUACUAUUCUGUUUACUGAUCUCCAGAUGCGCUCAAGGCCUCGCAGAAAAAGGCUAGGACUUCGAUUAACCUCUAAGCAUCUAGAAACUUCAGAAUUUUGUUCAACAGUAGAUUCCACGAAUAGCAUUCUAAGCACCCCUCCUCGAUCACAAGCUGACUUUUCACAUGGUGUUGCUAGUUCCACACCUCGUCAAUUCUUCUCACCCUUUCAAAAUCGUCGAGGUGACGCAACUUUCGCUAUCGAUGAAGAAGACUGCGAAGAUCUGGAUUCAUCUACCGUCAGAUUUCCACCUGAAGCUACUCAGGAUUUUUUUGAAGAGAUGGAAUUCAGUAAUGAGCAUCAGGAUCUAGACGUUGUUAAAGCCCUUCCUUGCCAUUUAGGCGAACCCGAUUUCGCUUUGCACUCCUCGGUUUUCAUGACUCUUUGUGAUCCGCCUUUGCCUCCAAGUUAUUCGCAAGUUGAAGAGGAAUUGGCUCAACGAAAGCCUAAAAAACUUCAACCGGUUGUUAAAUCUUGCUCGGAAUCGGAAGAAAAAAGGAAGGAAAUCGAUCUUUCAGCGUCGAUGAGUAUGCUCUGGACAUCGCAGAAGUCUCUUGAAAAUGCCUUAAGUUCAAGUCUCCUCUCUCCGAAUAUGUCAAGUUCGAUAAGUAGGAGAGCUUUUUUGCCAAUUCAGGAGAAUCAUUGCACUGUGGCGUCACUGGAGCUCCUUGUUCGAACCAGGCGACAAACAGGAAACUCGAUAAAUGUUUCAAGGAGUAGCCAUGCAAUUUCAAUUGCCAGUCUUGGGGGUUUCUUUGCGCCCGAUCCGCAGAUGGAUCCAAUCAGUGCUGCUGCUUUGGCUUUUGAGGGAAUAACAUUUCUGCUCAUUUCAACGGAGAUCAAAUGGCGCCCAGUUUCGAAAUUGGAUGCAUUAUCACCUGUAGUGAUCUUCUGUAAAGAUGAAGCGGACCUCUUGAACUGGAUGGUGUAUUUAAUUCAAAAUUUCGACCCGGAUAUUCUAAUCGGUUACAAUGCCGAAAAACGCUCCUGGAACUUCGCUGUCCAACGGGCUGCUAAAAUCAAUCGAGUGGGAUUCUCACGAGAUAUUUCCAGAUUGGCUCCAGGUAAUGCUCUGGUGCUAUUGUCUACUUCAGAACGUCUGCAAUGUCCAGUUUGUGCCGAAUAUCUUUCUAUUUGUUCCCGUCUUCGACCUGGUGACACCUUCGAAACUUCCAAACUAUCGACCACCUUGUGUUCCUGUCCAGGAGGUGUUGUUGCAUCUGGUGCACUUCGAAAUACUCGAUCAGCAUCAUCUGCCGCUUGGCCAUGUGAGCCUGGGCGUGGUCGUUCGGACGCUCCAUUCGCGUGUCCGGGUAGACUGGUAUUCUCAUUGUGGCACUUAUUACAACAUGAGGUGAGUCUUCACGAGUACUCAUUCGAAACAGUUGCUGUCAAUAUUCUGAAGAAGCGGCUGCCACAUUUUACCGAGGGACAGCUUUCAGAGUGGAUGGAAAGUUCUCAUCUCCCUACUCGUUGGCAAUCCUUAAACUACGUUGUUUCGCGUUCAGAGACUAAUCUAGCUCUACUCAAAAAGGUUGAUCUUGUUGCUAGAACCUCGGAGUUUGCUCGAGUGUUUGGAAUUGAGUUCUUUCAUGUCCUCUCUCGUGGUUCUCAGUAUCGCGUUGAAUCGCUUCUACUUAGAACUGCACGACGACUAAAUUUGCUCCUCCCCUCUCCCAAUCCCGCUCAGCGAGCUCGUCAACGAGCACCCCAGGCAAUCCCUUUGACCCUGGAGCCUCUGAGUGGCCUCCACGCCGAUGCUGCAAUUUUGGUUCUUGAUUUCCAGUCCUUGUAUCCAUCAAUUGCCAUCGCCUACAAUUACUGCUUUUCUACAGCCCUGGGGCGUCUUUCUUGCCUUAAGCCAGAUGAGUCGUUUGAAUUCGGCUGUCUCAGCCAUAUGGCCUCCUCGGAGACUCUAAAGCGAUUAGAAAAUAAAGUAACCGUUUCCCCCAAUGGUGUUGUAUUUGUGCGUCCAGAAGUCUAUCGAGGUGUUCUACCGCGUCUAUGGAGAGAUCUUCUAUCAUCUAGAUUGAUGGUGAAGGAUUCUCUCAAAAUGUACGCCCAGAUUUCAGAGUCCCUUAAACAGUUGCUUGAUGCGCGUCAGUUGGGCUUAAAACUGAUCGCAAAUGUUAUGUAUGGUUAUACAGCAGCUAGCUUCUCAGGACGUAUGCCUUGUGUUGAGGUUGGAGAUAGUAUCGUUCACAAGGGUCGUGAAUGUCUCGAACGAGCAAUUCGAUUGGUUGAAUGCGAUCCGUCGAGUCAGGUAUCAUGGGUCGGGUCAAAGGUCAUUUACGGAGAUACUGAUAGUUUAUUCGUUAAGUUACCACCAUGGGUUGGCAAGGAAGCAGCAUUCAAAAUCGGUCAAGAUAUUGCGGAUGCUGUGACUGCGUCAAAUCCUGCACCCAUCAAACUUAAACUUGAAAAGGCCUAUUAUCCAUGCAUUUUGGACACCAAGAAGCGUUAUGUUGGUUACUGUUACGAAUCUCCUGAUCAAGAUGUACCAAAAUUUGAUGCGAAAGGAAUUGAGACUGUUCGUCGUGAUCAUGCACCCUUUGUUGGAGAGAUGAUGGAGUCAGUGAUUCGGCAAAUAUUUGAUGCAUUUAAGUGGAGUGGCGACAAUUCAAAUGUACUAUCUCACUUGGAGCCGCUUGUUCGAAGGAAAAUUCGUUCGUUAGCAAGGGAUUUGAGCUCAGAAUCGAUUCCCUUUUCUUCAUGCUUGCUCGCCCGUCCUUAUCGGGGUUUCGAUGCCUACCGACCGGGAGCCUCUGCACCGGCUCUACAAGUCGUAAAACGUCUGAAAUCCGUUGACCCCAAUCGAGAGCCUUGUCUAGGUGAACGAAUCACCUACUACCUUGCCCCUCCUCCCACACCCUCCAUCCCACUGAUUGGCUGUGUCAAGGCCAGUGAAGAGGCCUUCCACUGUGAUAUUUACCCUUCCCUUCAUCUUCCCUUCUACCUCGAUCAUCAACUUCUUCCACCUCUGCGAAGAAUUGGACAACUUCUGGACUGGAGGGUGGAUUCGUGGCUGUCCGAUCUUCCACGAUGUGUUGUUCGCUUCAAAGAAACUAAUCUAGUAGAUGGUCCAAUGAGAUGGAAUUCUGGACGCGGCAGGAAGAAGCGAAGGUGGUUUGGGCCACAAGGAGCUUUGAAUAUUAUGCAUGAGUUUUUGAGUACGAAGAGGUGUUGUUUGCUCUGUGGAGUGGAUAACAGGAUUAUUCCGAGUGAAGAAAUCUGCUGUACUACGUGUCUUGAAGGAGAUGCCAAUGCAUCCACGAAGGCUCUUAUCAACAGUGGUAUUCAGUUGAGGACGCUGGAAGACCGUCUUAAACAAUCCAUGGAAUUAUGCAACAUCUGCAUUGAAAGUUGCCAUGGAAAUAAGUGUCAGAGACCACUAGGAUUUCCUUCAAGACCGAUGACUUGUCAAUCCUGUGUAAAUAUUGCAUGUCCGAAUCUCCACUCUCGUCGUCGAAUUCUCAAGCAACUUCGACGCUUGCAGAGUGCGUUUACGGAUCUCCUCGAGUGA